GCAUACAGCAAGGCAGGGGUCGAGCAGUGUGGUAUGUGUCAUAAAAUUCGACAGAAGAAAGCUGAGCGCAAAGUUGAACGUUCAUAAUCCGAGUACGACGCGUGUGGAGCAGGGAGUUAUUCCGUAUACUUGCUGGAAUCAUUGUCAGUAGUUGACAUUCACAUGUGUGAUAUUACGCGUUACUCUAGUCGGUUUCAGUUAACCCUUGGUGGUGAAUCGGCAUUCCCUUCAGUGCGUAAUUGAGUUCAGACGUCGUGGACGACAGCUGCGUCCACAAUCUAAAAUUAGUGUUCUUACACCGCGAGAGCUGAACAGACGCUUUAAACCAACGCACGAUAACUCUGAUAAUCGGUUGUGCUGAAAAUCGAAUUUUCUAAAACUUUAUGUUCAAUUCCGCUUACCUAUGCGAGAUCGUAGAAGUACCUUCACCAAAGAGUAUAUAAACACUAUUGUUAACCCCUUAGGAACCCGUCCACCAAGACAGAUAGAAAGCCACAUCCAUAGAGACCGCGCGGCACUACAAGAGCCCGCAGAAGAAAAAACCCAAAAAACCAUGUUGAUGCCUACUGCAGGCCUUGGUGCUUCCGCUGAAACAGAGAGCCUGGUUGGAAGCCUGAGCUCUUUGGGCGUCCUCAGCGCCGGAAGCCUGAAUGGCACCUCGGUACAGAAUAAAGAUACUACCUGGACUAAAUUAUUUGUCGGCGGUUUACCCUAUCACACAACAGAUAAAUCCCUGAGGGAUCAUUUUGCCGUCUAUGGCGAAAUUGAAGAAGCCGUUGUGAUAACCGACCGGCAAACUGGAAAAAGCCGAGGUUACGGAUUUGUGAUAAUGGGAGAUAGAACCUCAGCCGAGAGGGCAUGUAAAGAUCCGAAUCCCAUUAUUGAUGGUCGUAAAGCGAACGUCAAUUUGGCUAUUCUAGGUGCGAAGCCUAGAGGAAAUGUACAGGCUGGCUUUCCGUUCCCUGGAAUAAGAACGGGAUAUCCGACACUUUUACCCAGUCAAUACGGUGUACCACCAGGAUAUGUUUAUCAGUCUCCCUAUUUAGCUGCGACUGCGCCAGGUAGUUUAAUGCCUUUGCCAACAUCUCCUUUGUCGCAUGCGGCUGCAGUAGCUGCAGCUGCAACGUCACAAUUUUAUGAAUAUCAGAACGCAGCCGCAGUAGCGGCUGCUGCUGCAGCUCCUUACACAGGACAGUACACAAAUGGAUUUGAUGCAUACACUCCUUAUACUGCUGCUGCAGGGACUGCUAGUUAUAUGCCUUACACUUACGCAGCAUUACCACAGACACCUGGCUUACCAACUGCAACAGCCGGUGCUUUCCCAGCAAUCCCUUACCAAACAGCAGCUCAAGCGCCUGCUUUGCAAGAGGCUAGACUCCAAUAGGGCACAGUGAAAUCUGCCGAUCUAUUUUGUUUAAUGACCAAAAUUCCCAAUCGUGUCGGAAGAUAAGAAUAUCAUGACAAAGCAGAUUAUUGCUAAUAAUGUCCAUAAUCCAUAUCCUUCUUAGAAAAUUUCAGAAUACACUCACUGACGCAUCACCAAAUCUUAUUUUCUUUACGUUUUUCUCGAAUGAUAAUAAAGAAAAAUGUGGCAAAUUUUCAACAAAUUCCUAGCAUAAAGUCAUUCGAAUAAGCUGAUAAAACUAACGUCACACGAGGCUUUCUCAAGUUCCUGCAUAUAAUUAACGUGUCCAAAAAAAUUUGCAUUAUUUAAAGCUCUUAUACUUUUUGAGGAUAAGAGACAGGCAUUACUAGUUAAUAGUCAUGAAUUACAUGCAUGAAUUCUCUUCAGAAGCCAUUUCAGUUAACACAAAAAUUCCACAUUAUUCUUAGUUACCAAGAUGAGUAUAUUUUUGCUCAAUAUAUAAAACAGACUUUAGUUGCUCCUACUUUUGCAGAUAGUUUUUGUUGUACUGCAAAAGAAGUGCAAUAAAAUUCUAUAAGGUAGUAAAUUAUGAAUCUGAUAAAUAAAUAAGUCUAGUCUUGUAUAAAAGUACUUAAAAAUUAGUGUUUACAUCUAUAUCUUUUAAUGUAAAGCAAUACGAAAAUCUUUUUUUAAGUUGUUAAUAUUUCGGAUUCAGUACGAAAUACUUAAAAAAAGAAUUAUUUAUUUAUGUUUCUCACGAGAACAUUCAGUUUUUGAGGAAAAAUCAUGAAGCCGAAGAGGAAACCAAAAGAUUUUUACUCAACUAGGAGAAUAAGUAGGUGAUUUAUGUUAUCCACACAAUAUACAUAUUAUUUAUUCGUGAAAUUGUUGUUCCUUCUGGUGCAAGCAGUAAUGAGAUGUUUUUUCAAUAUUUCAGGAGAUCCUUCGCGAUGAAGUUGAACAUUUCAAAAAUCCUCCCAGAAUGUUUAGAUAUCAUCGCAUAAUAAACUUUAUGUAAAUGGAUUGAAGACUAAAAAAUUUGCGAGGAGGUUCCUUCAAAAUAUUGCGCAUAGAAAAUGUCUAGUCAUAAACGGUUUUUGUAAUUCCGUCCAAUCAAAUUGUGCCUUCGUAAAUUGAUAGAAUGUUGUCGGGAUCUUCUCGAUGAAAAUAUCGAUGUUCGUAUUUUUUUUUUUGUUUUUUUAAAUAGAGAAUAAUAAUUUGUGUUACAGCUAAGGAAAAUCUUCAAUCGCAGCUGCUCAUUACAUAAAAUGAUUAUCUUUUAUCAUAUCUAUGAAGUGAAAACCGCCCUGAUAAAGACACAAAAUAUCGAAGCUACACUUGAAUAUGCUGAGGUACACACAUUUUUUUAUCUUAUUAUUUGUAUAGUAUUCUAUAAGCUAUCACUGAAACGAAAACAAAGGGUUUGAUCAAUCCAUUUUUCAAUUGGGAAAAUCCAAUCGCCGAACUAUGCUGAAAUAUUUACUUCGGGCCAAUUUAUCGGAUAGGCACAACAUUCUUUCCAGCUUGACUGGAUCUCUGUUGAUGUGUGAACUCAUGCAUCUUGUCUGUUUCAAACAGCAACUAAAUAGUGAAUGUAGUCAUUAGAAUAAGUGUUUAUAAUUUCCUCCUUUUUAAUAUUACAGUUCGAGAGACUAUCAAUUACUGGUGUUAUGUCCAAAAAGCCAGUAUUGUCACUUGAAUAGUGAAUAUUGUUAUUAUUCUAACUUAAUUUAUUUUGUACUUAUACAAUUUAUAUUGUAUAAUAUGUCAUACGGUUAAAAUAAAUAUUUCUAUAUAAA